UGUAUAAGUGGAAACCUCGCUAAAGUCGAGCCACAGCCGCAAGACUCCCGGCAAGGAUUAAUUGUAAACCCUAAACCGCCCUAAAAUCGGUAAUUUCGUUAUUCAAUAAAAGCGAUAGGGAUUGUUCAUAGCAAGACCAAAGUAAUUAAAAUAUACUUAAGGUCCUUGUACAUUCUAAUCGAAAAUGAGUCGUUUCUUUGCAACGGGAUCUGAUUCAGAUUCUGACAGUUCAUCCCAAGAGGAGAUCAUCCCCAGACAGGCUGCGCCUAUUUACACCUUUAGCGAUGACGAGGAGGAAGUUAAACGUGUGGUUCGUUCGACCAAGGAGAAGAGGUACGAAGAGCUAACAAAUCUCAUCAAGCUAAUUCGUAACUACAAGAAAAUCAAGGAUAUGAGCAGCAUGCUGACAAGUUUUGAGGAUCUGCAAAGGGCGUACGUGAAGGCGUUACCGGUCGUACAGAAGGAGGAGGGUGGGCAGACGCCUCGUUUUUAUACUCGAUGCUUAGUCGAACUUGAGGAUUUCAUAACGGAAAUGUGGGAGGACAAAGACGGUCGGAAGAAUCUUAGCAAGAACAACAGCAAGUCAUUGGCUUCGUUAAGGCAAAAACUGCGCAAGUAUAUUAAGGAUUUCGAUGAAGAUAUUUCCAAGUUUCGCGAAAAUCCUGAUCAGCCUGAUGAUGAGGAGGAGGAAGAAAAACGUGAACCUGAAGUGGACUCCGAUUCGGAUGUUCCAGUUAAACCGGCGGCAAAGGUGAUUAAGCCGGUCGUCCGAGAUGAGGGCGAAUCCUCGUCCGACUCUGAAGAUUGGCCUUCAGAUUCGGAGUCGAGUUCGGGCAGUUCCGAAGAUGAGGAGAAGUUCACGAGCAUGCGGGAGCGCUUCUUGAAACGUACCACGGAGAAGGACGACGAUGAUGAAAAGGAAAAGAAGAAAGACGAACGGCGCAAAGAACGUAAGGAUCGCGAGAAGCGGAAAUUGCGACGCGAAGAUGAGGAGGACGAGGAAGGGGAGUGGGAGACCGUCAAGGGAGGCGUGGCCAUUCCUAGCGAGAAACCGAAGAUGUUCGCGAAGGACGCCGAGAUCGACUUGAGUCUGGUGAUUAAAAAGUUAAGCGAAAUAAUCGCCGCGCGCGGAAAGAAACGAACCGAUCGGCGGGAACAAAUCGAACUGUUGCAUGAACUACAAGCCAUCGCCGACCAACACAACUUAGGUGCCGCGAUUGUCGUGAAAAUAAAGUUCGCGAUUAUUUCCUCGAUAUUCGACUACAACCCCAAAGUCUCGGAUGCAAUGAAACCGGAAUAUUGGACGAACCUAAUCGAGAGAAUGAGCGAAAUGCUGGACAUGCUGCGCAAUCAUGACAACAUCUUAAUAUCGGAUAGUGUCACAGAAGAAACCGAGCGCUUUGACGAGGCUCCUUAUCGCAUUCGCGGAUGCGUGCUGACUUCACUCGAACGCUUAGAUGACGAGUUCAUCAAACUGCUGAAAGAGUGCGAUCCUCACAGUAACGAGUAUGUCGAACGGCUAAAGGAUGAAGCGAAAGUGUCUGCGAUAAUAACUAAAGUGCAAAAACACCUGGAGGUUCACGGAUCGCAAUCGGAGCUGUGUCGCAUUUACCUCCGCAAAAUUGAACAUUUGUACUACAAAUUUGACCCUCUAGUGCUGCAAUACAAAAGUGGCGAACUCCCUCGAGACACUAUAACUUCAAUGCAAGAGAUGGAGCGCCUCUGCAAGUAUAUCUAUGCGAAGGAUGGAACAGAUCGUUUGCGAACGAGAGCGAUCUUGUCGCACAUUUACCAUCACGCUCUUCACGAUAAUUGGUUCCAAGCGCGCGAUCUCGUGUUAAUGUCUCACUUGCAGGAAACGAUUCAGCAUUCCGAUCCAAGCACUCAGAUUCUGUACAAUCGAAUGAUGGCGCACUUGGGACUAUGCGCCUUCCGGCACGCCAACAUCAAAGACGCCCACAAUUGCCUGGUCGAUUUAAUGAUGACGGGUAAACCGAAAGAGCUCCUGGCCCAAGGUCUACUGCCACAACGCCAACACGAACGCAGCAAGGAGCAGGAAAAAAUAGAAAAGCAACGUCAAAUGCCGUUCCACAUGCACAUAAAUUUGGAACUGCUGGAGUGCGUAUAUUUGGUCUCGGCGAUGUUAAUUGAAAUACCCUACAUGGCCGCUCACGAAUUUGAUGCGCGUCGCCGUAUGAUUUCAAAAACAUUCUACCAACAGUUGAGAAGCUCCGAAAGGCAAAGUCUCGUUGGUCCACCGGAAAGCAUGCGCGAGCACGUAGUCGCCGCCGCCAAAGCUAUGCGAAAUGGUCACUGGGCCGCGUGUAACAAUUUUAUAAUCAACGAAAAAAUGAAUACCAAAGUCUGGGAUUUAUUUUAUCAGGCCGACGCCGUUAGAGCCAUGCUGACAAAGUUGAUUAAAGAAGAAACAUUGAGAACGUACUUGUUUACGUACUCGCACGUGUACGACUCCAUUUCCAUGUCGACCUUGGGAGAAAUGUUCAAGCUUGACAAGCCAGUGGUUCAUUCGAUUAUUUCUAAGAUGAUUAUUAAUGAAGAGUUGAUGGCGUCCUUAGAUGACCCAUCGCAAACCGUGGUGAUGCAUCGCAGCGAACCGUCCCGUUUGCAAUCCUUGGCAUUACAGCUAGCCGAUAAGAUUAACAAUUUCGUCGACUCAAACGAGCGCAUAUUGGAAACGAAGCAAGGUAACUUCUUCUUGCGCAGCGCAAAUCAGGGCGGAUUCAGAGGGGAUCGGCAGAACUUCCGCGCCGGUAAUGUUCAAGAUUGGAGCAGGCAAAGACGAGAUAACAGAAGAGAGUACUAAGAACUUUAUUUAUAUUUUACACGCUAUAAAUAAACUUAACGUUUACUAAU